AUGGAAUCGCCUCCCCAUUCCCCUCAAGGCUCUCCUCUCCAAGUCACACCCCUAGCAAUGCAGGCCCCCAAUCCUGAUUCUCCUCCACAACAAACCCCUCCACCACCUCCCACAUCCACCUAUAAGAGGAGAAUCCGAUCGAAAUCAACCCGACCCAUGGCCUCUGCACCACCUCUCACAAAACGCAAAGACCCACCUACCACUCCACUUUCAGAGCCUCCACCCAAAAACCCCAAAACUUCAGCUUCCACACGACAGGGGGUUGGCAUUUCUACCUCUACCCCACAAGCCAAAUCACCCUCUUCUAGUAAAAAGCAAUCUUCAGCAACAACACAGGUAUCUAAACUACCUUGGCCCCUUCCUGAUGUAACCCACAAGGCAACUUUUAAGAGACUAAAGGACAGGAAAGUGCAACCCACUAGUUUGCCACCUUCUGACACUGCACAACUAGCGGCGAAUCAGGGACCCAUCGCACAACCAGGAGGCACAACUGUACCACCGGUCCAACAACAUUCUCACGAACUGCACCACCCACUCGAUGCACAAGAUACCCCACAAGAUAAACAGAAAGAGUUAAAAGAGAUGAUGAAACAGCUCAUGGUUUUUCUGGGAAUGCCACCUCCACCUCCAUCACCGCCCCCAGAACCACCCCUUCAGCAGCAACCAGUUCCAUCCAGUCCUCUAGCAGCACAUUUGGACAAGGGCAAAACCAUAGAAUUAGACUAG